AGAGGGCGAGAGGGAGAGAGCGAUCGAGCACGCACACAACAUACCGUAUGCACCUGCUGUGACGCUCUGACUCUGACAUUAUUAUUGUUGAGAGAUUGUACAAGUAAAGAGUGCGUCUUUAACGAGAGGCGUAGCUAUUCUCUUGUGCUCCCUGGAGGGCAAGUUCCGCUUCCUGCUAAUAAAAACAUCGCACUUGUGAGCAUAUCACAUCAACUGUGGACUGCAGAACAGAAAAGCAUGAAAUGCAAGCAAGAAGGCAUGGAAUUAUGUGGAUAUGAAAGCGCAAUUUGAAGCUUCAGGGUAUGAUGAAAAUAUCUGUAUGCACAAGUCAGGAAGCUGAAUGACAGAAGGUAUUUUCUUCCACAUCCAAAACACCUCCAGUAUGUCGGAGAGAGGGGGUAUCCCGCGGACUGGGGGCACACCAUCUCCACAUAUGCAGCCGUACAAGACCGUCACGAUCGUCCCGAACCGUCCGGUUCAAAUGAACCUGUAUGCGACCUGGGAAAUUGAUCGCUCAUCUCCAAGCUGUGUGCCCAGGCUCUUCACAGUUACUCUGAAGAAGCUGCUGAUGCUUCAGGAGCUGGAUAGAGACCUAACCUCUGUUGUCAUCGCAGUCAAACUCCAGGGAUCAAAGCGCAUUUUACGGUCCAAUGAAAUCCUGUUGUCAUCGCCUGGACUUACCGAGACCGAUCUUCAGCUAACGUUCUCCUUGCAAUAUCCACAUUUUCUGAAGCGAGAUGCCAACAGACUGCAGAUCAUGCUGCAGAGGAGGAAGAGGUACAAGAACCGCACCAUUCUGGGCUAUAAGACCCUGGCACUGGGCCUUAUCAACAUGGCAGAGGUGAUGCAGCACCCCAGUGAGGGAGCCCGUGUGUUGGGUCUCCACACCACGGUGAAGGACACGGCUGUGCCUGUGGCCGAGAUGAGGGUCUACUCGCUCUCCAGCCAGCCCAUCGACCACGAGAUGUCCAAGGCCAAGAUGUCUGACCGCUCACCUGACAUUGACAACUACUCGGAGGAAGACGAGGAGAGCUAUUCAUCAGAGCAGGACGGGAGUGAUGACCCUGCUCACAGCCAGUAUCUGUUUGAUGAAGAGGAUGACAUGAGGAAGAAGAAGCACAGACACAAACUCACCUCUACAGCCUCCAUCACGAGAGCUCAUCCCAACAUCAAGCAGAAGUUUGUGGCCUUGUUGAAGAGGUUUAAGGUGUCUGAUGAGGUGGACUUUGGCCUGGAGCACGUGUCCCAGGAGCACAUCCGUGAUGUGGAGGAGGACCUGGAUGAGCUCUAUGACAGUCUGGAGAUGUACAACCCCAAUGACAGCGGGCCAGAGAUGGAGGAGACGGACAGCGUCCUCAGCACACCCAAACCCAAACUCAGGCCCUUCUUUGAGGGCAUGUCCCAGUCCAGCUCGCAGACCGAGUUUGGCAGUCUGAACAGCAGGUGCAGUCUGCCCAGAGACACCCUGAGCCCACAAGGAGAGCAGCCCCCGUCAGGCAAGAUGAAACGCUCUCGCUCCCGCAACUUGGACGACUCUGAGACAGACACCCUGGUGCUGACUGAUCCGGAGAUGUUUCUGGACACUACCCCCUGCAUCACGGUCUCUGUCCCAGAGCAGCUACCCAGGACCCCAAUGAGGGAACUGAGGAGCAGCAAGAGUGAGAGCCACACCAGCAUGCCCUACACCACCAUGCCCUCCCCCAGGUUGGAUGGCGGGCACACACCCAGGCAGAGACGUGGGACACCAAUGAAGGAGAGGCGAGCGCUGUCCAAGCCACUAAGUGAACGCACCAACAGCUCUGACAGUGAAAGGUCACCGGAGCUCAGCCACACCCCACAGGUGCCCAGGAAGGCUGUGUAUGACCAGCUGAAUCAGAUCUUCUCCUCAGACACUACCCUCCCGGACAGCCUGGUCCUGGUCAACACCAGUGAUUGGCAGGGACAGUAUGUGUCCGAGGUGCUGCUGGCUCAAAAACAGCCGUUAGUGUGUACCUGCUGUGGGGUGGAGAUUCAGGCUGUCCUCACCACCCUUCUCACGCGCAUCCAAAAGUUCUGUAACUGUAACUCGUCCACGCCGCCGCCGGUCAAGGUGGUGGUGGCAGGGGGACAGAGCUACCUGGGGGCCAUCCUGCACUUCUUUGUCACUCAGCUGGCCAACAAAACAUCUGAUUGGCUCAGCCUAAUCCGCUUCCUGGUGGUCCCCCUGGGCUGUCACCCUGUCGCUAAGCACCUAGCCUCCCUGGACCCUCGCUACAGCUCUGUGUUCCUGGACAAUGCCUGGAGAGACCUGUUCAGUCGCCUGGAGCCCCCUCACUCUACGGCUCCAGCUGCAGACGGCGUGGACGUGGCUGGGAGGAUCAGCCAGUACAUCAGCAGUGUCUCUGUCACACACCAGUUGCCUAUCGCUGAGGCCAUGCUCACCUGCAAGUACAAGACAUAUGACGAAGACUCUUACCAGAAAUUUGUUCCCUUUGUUGGGGUAGUGAAAGUAGGGUUGAUUGAACCGAAUCCGGCGUAUUCAGGUGGAGACUCUGAGGAGGCUGUUAGUGUUAGCUUGGCUGUUCCCUCCACCUCCCCACCCGCCCAUGGAUCUCCCACAGGGAUGACCAGAGAGGCUGUCACCCCACCUCCGUCUCCCUCCCUGAGUAGCGGUCUGGGGAGCCCUAAUAUGUCCCAUGGGGUGGACACCAUUGGGCUGACGGUGGAUUAUUGGGUAGCGACAUGCUCAGAGCGGAAGAAGGAUGGGGAGCGGUGUGACAAGGGCUCCAAGAACACCCUGAAGAGUGCCUUCCGUUCCCUGCAGGUCAGCAGGCUGCCAGGAGGGGGCUCCACUGAGAACCAGCCCCAAGCCAACACCAUGGCUAUGACUGUGGUCACCAAGGAGAAGAACAAGAAAGUCUCCACCAUAUUCCUGGGGAAGAAGCCCAAAGAGAGGGAUGUGGACUCUAAAAGCCAGGUGGUUGAGGGCAUCACCAGACUCAUCUGUUCUACCAAGCAGCAGCAGACCAGCCUAAAAGUGUCUGUGGACGGCGUGGAGUGGACUGAUGUGAAGUUCUUCCAGCUGGCUGCCCAGUGGCCCACCCAUGUGAAGUACCUGCCAGUGGGGCUGUUUGGCUACAACAAGACCGCCACCUAGAGGCCAACCCAGACAUGGUCACUUACUCUAUGCUUCCUGGGCACCAAGGUUAUUAUAGUUGUGUUUUUCUAUUCGUUUUGAAAUUUUUGUUUGAAGUUCAGUUUGCUAGUUUUCAGACCAGAUUUACUAGUUUUUAUUUAGUUUGAGUUUUAUAAAAGCUAUUUUCAUUUUUGAUAUUAUUUAUUUUCAGUUUUAGUGUUAGGGACAGAAAGUACCAGAUUUCUUCCUUGGUAGUUAGUGAUAAACAAGCUAGGCCUAUUUGAAACCUCACUAUCUCCAGGCAUUACUUACCUGCCAAGUUCAGAAGCUUGAAAACCCUCAUUUGACUGUUGUCCAAAGUUUAGAAGAUUUAAAAAAACUCAAACUGAACAUUAUUUGAUGAUUUCUGUUGGAGUCAAAUAUCGUUUUAGUUUUUCAAACAUGCUUGUUAAUGAUUUAUUUCAGUUUACUAUAUUAACCUUGCUGAGCAGUCUACAAUGGACUUAAAAGCCAAUGAUUAAGGAGAGUUGUUACAUGAUGACAUGGAUUGACAGUGCUAAUGGAUUGAGGCCAUAGAUUUGAAUGCUUGCCAUGUUCCUAUUUUCUAAGGUGGGUUCAAGCAACAAAAUAACUCGUUUGCCUUUUUUGAGAUGCAUUUCCUCGUUCAUAUGCUUUGGCUCUUCUUUCAGUGGAUUGGCAUGGUUAACUCCAGCUAUUCUUGUAGCAGUGUUAUGUGAAGCAAAUUUCAGUGGUCAUUGAUAUUGAUAGAAUUUCCCUCAGUGGUGUUACUCUGUGCAUAAAAAAAAAAAGUGAAGUCAGUUUGGUGAAAGUAAUAUCAAUUGAUUCUUAUUUACAGAUGUGUUGUGGACCUGUUUUCGCUUUUAGUAUUUUUCUGUGAGUUACUGUUACCUUUGCGAGUGUGUUUUUGUUUGUGUGCGCACGUGUGUGAGAACCUCCAAAUGCUUGUGAAUGUGUGCAUAGCAUGGGUUGUCAUUGAAAUAAACACUAAAACACUACAGCAAUCUAGAAUAUUUGCAGACUUGUCUGCAUCCAAAGCUUGUGGUUGCUAAGCAAGUAUUUUUAUAUGGUACAUGUACUAUAUAUAUCUAUAUAUAUACACACACAUAUACAUACAUACAUACAGUGGGGAGAACAAGUUUGAUACACUGCCGAUUUUGCAGGUUUUCCUACUUACAAAGCAUGUAGAGGUCUGUCAUUUUUAUCAUAGGUACACUUCAACUGUGAGAGACGGAAUCUAAAACAAAAAUCCAGAAAAUCACAUUGUAUGAUCAAGUAAUUAAUUUGCAUUUUAUUGCAUGACAUAAGUAUUUGAUACAUCAGAAAAGCAGAACUUAAUAUUUGGUACAGAAACCUGUGUUUGCAAUUAGAGAACAUAUGUUUCCUGUAGUUCUUGACCAGGUUUGCACACACUGCAGCAGGGAUUUUGGCCCACUCCUCCAUACAGACCUUCUCCAGAUCCUUCAGGUUUCGGGGCUGUCGCUGGGCAAUACGGACUUUCAGCUCCCUCCAAAGAACUUCUAUUGGGUUCAGGUCUGGAGACUGGCUAGGCCACUCCAGGACCUUGAGACGCUUCUUACGGAGCCACUCCUUAGUUGCCCUGGCUGUGUGUUUCGGGUCGUGUCAUGCUGGAAGACCCAGCCACGACCCAUCUUCAAUGCUCUUACUGAGGGAAGGAGGUUGUUGGCCAAGAUCUCGCGAUACAUGGCCCAAUCCAUCCUCCCCUCAAUACGGUGCAGUCAUCCUGUCCCCUUUGCAGAAAAGCAUCCCCAAAGAAUGUUUUCACCUCCAUGCUUCACGGUUGGGAGGGUGUUCUUGGGGUUGUACUCAUCCUUCCUCCAAACACGGCAAGUGGAGUUUAGACCAAAAAGCUCUAUUUGUGUCUCAUCAGACCACAUGACCUUCUUCCCAUUCCUCCUCUGGAUCAUCCAGAUGGUCAUUGGCAAACUUCAGAUGGGCCUGGACAUGCGCUGGCUUGAGCAGGGGGACUUUGAUCAAUGACGGAGUAGUGUGUUACUAAUGGUUUUAUUUGAGACUGUGGUCCCAGCUCUCUUCAGGUCAUUGACCAGGUCCUGCCGUGUCGUUCUGGGCUGAUCCCUCACCUUCCUCAUGAUCAUUGAUGACCCACGAGGUGAGAUCUUGCAUGGAGCCCCAGACUGAGGGUGAUUGACCGUCAUCUUGAACUUCUUCCAUUAUCUAAUAAUUGUGCCAACAGUUGCCUUCUCACCAACCUGCUUGCCUAUUGUCCUGUAGCCCAUCCCAGCCUUGUGCAGGUCUACAAUUUUAUCCCUGAUGUCCUUACAAAGCUCUCUGGUCUUGGCCAUUGUGGAAAGGUUGGAGUCUGUUUGGAGUGUGUGGACAGGUGUCUUUUGUACAGGUAACGAGUUCAAACAGGUGCAGUUAAUACAGGUAAUGAGUGGAGAACAGGCGGGGUUCUUACUGAAAAACUAACAGGUCUGUGAGAGCUGGAAUUCUACUUAUGUCAUGCAGUAAAAUGCAAAUGAAUGACUUAAAAAUCAUGUGAUUUUCUGGAUUUUUGUUUUAAAUUCCAUCUCUCACAGUUGAAGUGUACCUAUGAUAAAAAUGACAGACCGCUACAUGCUUUGUAAGUAGGAAAACCUGCAAAAUCGGCAGUGUAUCAAAUACUUGUUCUCCCCACUGUAUACAUACAUGCACUGCAGAUAUACCUUUGUCCCAAUGAUGUGCUUGAAGCGGUCAUCUUAUUUGAUUGAAGAAUAUUUUCUGUUUUGUCAUUAAAGCGUAAAAGACAGAAACAUACAAGGAAUAAAAAAAAAAGUUUAAACUGGA